CCAAAAUCACGUCCAUAGAAGCCACCAAAGCGUACUCUAUUUGUUGAGAGCGCACGAAUGUCCUGUUUUGAAAACGCGCUGAAUUUCUAAAGUACACACAGCAGUUUACAGCGUCGUCAAAACAACAUCCUGAAAUUAUUAUUAUAUUUAAAAUGAAAUCUUGUCUGUGAUCAGUUGUAAUAAAUCACCACAUCAUAUAUCAAGUUAAACCAUGUAAAGCGCAAGGAUUUCACCGUUUCGGGUGUUCACAUUUGCGACAAUGUACAAUUUACGGCAAACACCGUUUCCACAAAACGUUCGCAUUUGUAGACGAUUGGCAUGUACUUUAGUGGAUUUGAACGUACUCGUAAUAUGAAAAGUAUCUCCACGCCAGUAAAGCUGUCCGUUUUUGUUUUAACUGGGACACUUCGUGCCAUUUGGAGAACGUCGUUUGCUUAAGAUAGCUAAAGCUAGUUAGCGGCUAAACUCUCCAGUAAUACACAAAAUCUCCGGGGAAUACUUGUCGUCGCCAGCCUGUGCAACAUUUCUCCAAACAUAGAGUGACUCUGUGACCUGUGCAGAGGUCUCGUCGCCAAGAUGGGAGAACGAAAAGGAACAAACAAGUACUAUCCACCGGACUUCGAUCCGGCUAAGCAUGGCUCUCUCAAUGGCUACCACAAAACACACGCCCUGCGAGAGCGGGCCCGGAAGCUGUCCCAAGGCAUCCUCAUCAUCAGGUUUGAAAUGCCAUACAACAUUUGGUGUGACGGCUGCAAGAACCACAUUGGCAUGGGCGUCCGGUACAAUGCGGAGAAGAAGAAAGUGGGCAACUAUUUCACCACGCCAAUAUACAGGUUCCGUAUGAAAUGCCACCUGUGUGUCAACUACAUCGAGAUGCAGACGGAUCCGGCCGCCUGCGACUACGUCAUCGUCAGCGGCGCCAGCAGGAAGGAGGAGCGAUGGGACAUGGCCGAAAAUGAGCAGAUACUCACCACCGAGCGAGAAGAGAAGGAGAAGCUGGAGACAGACGCCAUGUUCAAGCUGGACCACGGCGGGAAGGACAAGGAGAAGCUCAACAAGGCUCUGCCUUCACUCUUGGAGCUGCAGGACCACCAGGCCGCAUGGAAGGACGAUUUCCAGCUCAACAGCGCCUUGCGCAGGAAGUUCAGGAUUGAAAAGAAGGAGAAGGUGGAGAAGGAAGAGAAGGACGACGCGGUGAGGGCGAGGACCAACCUGAGCAUUCCGCUGCUGCCUGAACGCGAGCAGGACAAGAGGCUUGCCGCGCUGCUCAGCUACCAGACGCCAGACUCAUACGAGGACAGGCAACGCAGCAAACGGCAGGAGAUCUCCUCACGCUCGUGGUUUGGCACCACCUCCACCGCAACCACCCCCGGCGGGCUGCUCCACAAGCUGGGCCUGCAGGGCAAAGAGGCGGCCGUGGCCAAAGCGCUGGGCCCCUCGCGGACCCCCCUGAUCUGCAGGAAGUCGGACACGCAGGAGUCGGCGCCGGAAGUCGAAACUAUCGAGCGGGACGCAAGUUCCAGCUCCUUGGUGCCCAACUACAGCGACUCGGACUCGGACCACGGCAAGUGAACCGCGCCGACUUAUUUCGGGACGCCUUUCCGACAGGCUGCGGGAAUUCCCUAGCGUUCCCUUGGUCGUGACGCCUCAGUGCAAACAGGACGGCCUGAUAACUUUUGCUCCCAUUGCCUUUUAAUGGGGGGGUGACUUCCAGGAAGCUGAAAUGGACCACCGUGUACUAUUUAAAAAAAAAAAAA